GACGGAACUCAUUCCCCUCCGUGGACACGAGACGUGGGUAGGGCUUGGGGGUCGGUGUUGCCCGUUGCUUGUCUGAGUUAGUCCGGCGUGGUCGAGUCCGAGGGUUUGGCUUGUGGGGUUUUGAUCGAGUGAUUCGGAUCGAGGUUUUGCGAGUUGGGGGAUUUGAUUUCGAUGGUGGCGGAGCAGCAGAUGGCGAAAUUGCUGGGUUCCUCGGCCAGGAGGCUCGUGGGAGGAAGCCUGCGGCAGGAUGUGGUCGGGAUUUGGAAGGGUGCGAGGCGGGGUUUGAGCUCUUCAGUAGCGGCCCUUGAUGCGAGCGGCGCAGAGGAGAAAAUUGUGGCAGCUGUGGUGCUGGAACGGCUCCCUGUUGUCUUGCCUCCCGUUCCGCCUGCCGUCUCUGAGUUCAAAUCUUUCUCAUUUGAAUGGCAACAGCAGUAUCGUCGCCAUUACCCCCAGGAGUUUCUGGAUGCCUCUGCCAACAGAGGAGAGGACGACGAAAUUGGCGUUUAUGAGCCUGCUCCAACCAUCACUGAAGCUGACCAGACCAACGAUCAGAGGUCAUUGAAGCGAGCAUACGAGAAACGUCUCUAUCUCAUCGUGCGCGGGAAACCAUUUGGAAAAUCGCAGGGCGAACCUGUUUGGCACUUCCCUGAGAAGGAAUACGCUAAAGAGCCAAGUUUGCGGCAGUGUGCAGAGUUAGCAUUGGGCCCUAUCGUCGAGGACAUACCGAAGUCAGUCUAUUUCGUAGGCAAUGCCCCUUGUGGUUUUCUGCCAUCCGAGACACCAGCAUUUAAGAAAUUUUUCUUCAAAUCUCAACUGCUAGUCAACGAUCUACCGUUGGCUGACCUCAAGAAAUACGAAGAUUUCGCCUGGAUAUCGAAGCACGAAUUGUCAGAUUAUUUUGAACCCGCUGAAGCGGAGUAUCUGAACAAAAUGCUGCAAUGAUUGAAAUGACGGAAUUUUCAACUGAGGCGACUUUGUGAUGCCGCUCAACUGGAUUAACGAUCUGUUGUGUUCAAUCCAUCACGAAUGGAACCCUAGACACUUAGGUCGGCGUGACUAAGGUUUAUCACCUGAACCAUGAAAACUGUCCAAGGCGAAACAUGGUGCGGGGAUUUGAUGCGCAGAGAGUUUGUUAGUUGGUUGUCUGGAGACACCGCUGUACCAUUAUUUAUGAAUGAAUACACGAAUGCGGUACUGAUCAUUUCCGCACCUUGCUUCGUGAUCAGCCGUUGAACUAAGGGGCUGUAGGUUAUUUUCCCCCGUAGUGACAGCAAGUUUACUGCUCACAGAUUGUGUACGGUUGCACAAAAGAGGUUGAAAAAUAAAUUCGUGAUGAAGAUGUAUGCAGUCAUAUCCCCGUGCACUGUACAUGCGGCAUCUCGAAAUACUUUUUUCUUUGACGCCACGAUGGCAAUGGUACGAACGAGCUUUUCUCACCAUUUUUUAUGUCGAGAUAAAACAAAUUGACAGUCAUGGCAAUUACCAACGAUUUUGCUGUCAGCGAACAACGUAUGUAGCGAUGACUUGUUCACAUUGACAUAUAUAAUGUACUGUGUGAUUUUAUUUUUUUC